GGCACUUCACAUUCGACUCCUACGUGUGCCACCUCUCACCGGUUCCGGGUAGCAGAAACGGAGUUUGUUCCUGGAGCUGCUCGUGUUUUGAAAGGAUUUCGAAAACACAUGAUCUUUUGUGUCAAAAACGUAAUUAUUGAUUAAAUAUCAAAACAUGGCGGUGAACACAGGCACAUCCCUGGUUCUGUCCAGUCUGUUCUCUGUGUUGGUGUUUGCUGGGAUGCAGAUGUUCAGCAGACAGCUGGGCUCUACAGAGUUGCUCACCAUCCUGGGAGGCUUCCUGGGCUCUGUCCUCUUCAUCUGCUCCCUCACAGCCUUCAGUAACCUGGAAAACCUCAUCUUCGGCAAGGGAUUCCAGGUCAAGAUCUUCCCAGAGAUCCUGGUGUGCCUGUGCCUCUCUCUGUUUGCCUCUGGGCUGGUGCACCGUGUGUGUGUCACCACAUGUCUGAUAUUCUCUCUGUUCGCCCUCUACUACAUCAACAAAGUGUCUGCUGCUCUGUACCAGGCAGCCGUUCCCACGGUAAUGCCAGCCAAGGCUGCCAGCAAGGGCAAGAAAAAGAACUAAGUCACUAAUUAGAUCAAACUUUCAUACCGUCAUCCAAUCAGCAUCCACUACAACGGCUAACCAGGCAAGGGAGAAAUGGUGUAGGUUAGCCAAUGACAGUGUACCCCAGUUUCCUUUUUGUAGGUCGAGCCAACCAGCAUUCUUAGAUAUUUUCCUUGACUUCUUAACUCAAUGAUCACUGAUCUCCAAGGACUGGACACCUCUCAGCAGUAUAGAUAGCCUGAGAUCUACCCAGCCCAUCCAUACACUGUUCUCAGCAGUCAUGAGGCCUGGGGUGGAGGAAAGGAAGCCGUUUGGGAUCUAGCCAGAAUCAUGUCUCUACAUUCCCUACAUCAUCCCCAUGUACUCAGCACUUGUUUCAAAAUGCUUGUCUACAGAUCCAUACUUUUGAUUGACCCCCUUUUUGUUUUGGUAUGAAAACUUUGUGGUUAAUGAAUUUGUAAUUAAAACCCAUUGAAAAUAG